GAAGUGCUUUCUGAAUCUAAGUCUGAGGAGGAACUCUGGGAGGGGUGGGACAGAGGUGGCAUCCUGGCUUUCCAAGGCACCUGCUCUUCUCUGAACCACACAGGAAGGAGUCAGGAGCCAAACACGGAUAGCUUCAGCAGCACUCCAGAGGGUGUUCUCUAAGGAAGACCAUGAAGCUCAAGAAAACUGCCUCCCUUCUCACCCUGUACCUCAGUUCCUCACUGCUCAUCUGCAUAAAGAAUUCAUUUUGCAAUGAAAACAAUACCAAGUGUCUUUCAAAUUCUUGCCAAAACAAUUCUACGUGCAAGCAUUCUUCACAAGACAGCAAUUGCUGCUUAGACACAGCCAAUAAUUUGGACAAAGACUGUGGAGAUCUGAAAGACCCUUGCUUCUCCAGUCCCUGCCAAGGAAUUGCCACUUGUGUCAAUAUCCCAGGGGAAAGGAGCUUUCUGUGUCAAUGUCCUCCUGGGUACAGUGGGCUGACCUGUGAAACUGCCACCAAUUCCUGUGGAGGGAAUGCCUGUCAACAUGGAGGCUCCUGCCACAGAGGCCCUGAGCAUCCUGUCUGUGUCUGCCCUCCUGGAUAUGCAGGAAGCUUCUGUGAGACUGACCACAAUGAGUGCGCUUCUAGCCCUUGCCACAAUGGGGCUAUGUGCCAGGAUGGAACCAAUGGCUACUCCUGCUUCUGUGUGCCUGGAUACCAAGGCAGGCAAUGUGACUUGGAAGUGGAUGAAUGUGUUUCUGAUCCCUGCAAGAAUGGGGCUGUGUGCCUCAAUGAGAUAGGAAGAUACACUUGUGUCUGUCCUCAAGAGUACUCUGGCGUGAACUGUGAGUUGGAAAUCGAUGAAUGCGGAUCCCAGCCAUGUCUACAUGGUGCCACGUGUCAGGACGCUCUUGGGGGUUACUUCUGUGACUGUGCACCUGGAUUCCUUGGAGACCAUUGUGAACUCAACUUCAAUGAAUGUGAAAGUCAGCCGUGUCUCCAUGGAGGUCUAUGCAUAGAUGGAAGAAACAGCUACCACUGUGACUGUAUGGGUAGUGGAUACACAGGGAUGCACUGUGAGUCCUUGAUUCCUCUGUGUUGGUCAAAGCCUUGUUACAACAAUGCAACAUGUGAAGACACUCUCAACAGCUAUAUUUGUCACUGCUGGCCUGGAUACACGGGUGCCCUGUGUGAGACGGACAUAAAUGAAUGCAGUAGCAACCCCUGCCAAUUUGGGGGGGAAUGUGCCGAGCUGUCCUCAGAGGAUCUAUAUGGAAACACUGCUGGCCUGCCUUCCUCCCUCAGCUACUUUGGAGCCUCAGGCUAUGUUUGUAUCUGUCUGCCUGGAUUCACAGGAAUUCACUGUGAAGAAGACAUUGAUGAAUGUUUACCGAACCCUUGCCUAAAUGGUGGCACUUGUGAGAACCUGCCUGGGAACUAUACCUGCCACUGCCCCUUUGAUGAUACUUCUAGGACAUUUUAUGGAGGAGAAGACUGCUCUGAAAUUCUCCUGGGUUGCACUCAUCAUCAGUGUCUGAACAAUGGAAAAUGUAUCCCUCACUUCCAAAAUGGCCAGCAUGGAUUCACCUGCCAGUGUCCUUCUGGCUAUGCUGGGCCACUGUGUGAAACUGCCACCACGUUUUCAUUUGGGAGCAAUGGCUUUCUGUGGGUCACAAGUGGCUCCCAUACAAACGUAGGGUCAGAAUGUCACAUAUCCUUGAAGUUUCAGACUGUGCAGCCAAAUGCACUUCUCCUUGUCCGAGGCAGCAAGGAUAUGUCUAUGAAACUGGAGCUGCUGAAUGGCUGUGUUCACUUAUCAGUUGAAGUCUGGAAUCAGUCAAAAGUGCUCCUGUAUAUUCCCCACAACACCAGUGAUGGAGAAUGGCAUUGUGUGGAGGUAACAUUCACAGAAACGAUAACCCUUGCCCUAGUUGGCAGGUCCUGCAAGGAGAAAUGCACCACUACGUCUUCUGUUCCAGUUGAGAAUCGUCAAUCAAUAUGUGCUUUGCAGAACUCUCUUUUGGGUGGCUUACCAAUGGAGACAACCAGCCACAGUGUGUCUGUGCUUAACAUCUAUAAUGUGCCGUCCACACCUUCCUUUGUAGGCUGUCUCCAGGAUAUUAGAUUUGAUUUGAAUCACAUUACUCUGGAGAACAUUUCGUCUGGCCUGUCAUCAAACGUCAAAGCAGGCUGCCUGGGAAAGGACUGGUGUGAAAGUCAACCCUGUCAAAACAGAGGACGCUGCAUCAACUUGUGGCAGGGUUAUCAGUGUGAAUGUGACAGGCCCUAUACAGGCUCCAAUUGCCUGAGAGAGUAUGUAGCAGGAAGAUUUGGCCAGGAUGACUACACUGGAUAUGCUGCCUUUAAUGUCAAUGAUAAUUACGGACAGAACUUCAGUCUCUCCAUGUUUGUCCAAACACGUCAACCCCUGGGCUUAAUUCUGGCUUUGGAAAACAGUACUCACCAGUAUGUCUGUGUCUUGCUAGAACAUGGCAGACUAGCACUGCAGACUCCAGGUUCUCCCAAGUUAGUGGUAAAUUUUUUUCUUAGUGAUGGAAAUGCCCACUUAAUAUCUUUGAGAAUCAAACCAAAUGAAAUUGAACUGUAUCAGUCUUCACAAAACCUAGGAUUCAUUUCUGUUCCUGCAUGGACAAUUCAAAGAGGAGACGUCAUCUUCAUUGGUGGUUUACCUGACAGAGAGAAGGCUGAAGUUUACGGUGGCUUCUUCAAAGGCUGUAUUCAAGAUGUAAGACUAAACAACCAGAAUCUGGAAUUCUUUCCCACUUCAACAAACAAUUCAUACCAUGAUCCAAUUCUUGUCAAUGUGACUCAAGGCUGUUCUGGAGACAACAUAUGUAAGUCCAACCCCUGUCAUAAUGGAGGUGUCUGCCACUCCCGGUGGGAUGACUUCUCCUGCUCCUGCCCUACAAACACAACGGGGAGAGCCUGCGAGCAAGUUCAGUGGUGUCAGCUCAGCCCAUGUCCUCCCAUUGCAGAGUGCCAGCUGCUCCCUCAAGGGUUUGAAUGUAUCGCAAAUGCGGUUUUCAGCGGAUUAAGCAGAGAAAUACUGUUCAGAAGCAAUGGGAAUAUAACCAGAGAACUCACCAAUAUCACCUUUGGUUUCAGAACACAUGAUACAAAUGUGUUGAUAUUGCAUGCGGAAAAAGAACCAGAGUUUCUUAAUAUUAGCAUUCAAGAUGCCAGAUUACUCUUUCAAUUACGAAGUGGCAACAGCUUUUAUACACUGCAUCUGAUGAGUUCUCAAUUGGUGAAUGAUGGCACAUGGCACCAAGUGACUUUCUCCAUGAGAGACCCACUGGCCCAAACCUCGCAGUGGCAAAUGGAGGUGGAUGACCAGACACCCUUUGUGAUAAGUGCAGUGGCUACUGGAAGCCUGAACUUUUUGAAGGACAAUACAGACAUCUAUGUGGGUGACCAAGCUGUUGACAAUCCAAAAGGCCUGCAGGGAUGUCUGAGCACAAUAGAGAUUGGAGGCAUAUAUCUCUCUUACUUUGAAAAUCUUCAUGGUUUCACUAGUAAGCCCCAAGAAGAGCAAUUUCUCAAAGUUUCUACAAAUGUGGUACUUACUGGCUGUUUGCCAUCAAAUGCCUGCCACUCUAGCCCCUGUUUACAUGGAGGAAACUGUCAAGAAAGCUACCGUUCUUAUCGGUGUACCUGCCUCUCGGGAUGGUCAGGGACACACUGUGAAAUCAACACUGAUGAGUGCUUUUCUAGCCCCUGUAUCCAUGGCAACUGCUCUGAUGGAGUUGCAGCCUACCACUGCAGGUGUGAGCCUGGAUACACCGGUGUGAACUGUGAGGCCGAUGUAGACAAUUGCAAGAGUCAUCAGUGUGCAAAUGGGGCCACCUGUGUCCCAGGAACUCAUGGCUACUCUUGCCUCUGCUUUGGGAAUUUUACUGGAAGAUUUUGCAGACACAGCAGAUUACCCUCGACAGUCUGUGGGAAUGAGAAGACAAACUUCACUUGCUACAAUGGAGGCAGCUGCUCUGUGUUCCAGGAGGACUGGAAAUGUAUGUGCCGGCCAGGUUUCACUGGAGAGUGGUGUGAAGAGGACAUCAACGAGUGUGCUUCCAAUCCUUGCAUCAAUGGAGGCCUGUGCAGAGACUUGGUCAACAGAUUCCUGUGCAUCUGUGAUGUGGCCUUCGCUGGCGAGCGCUGUGAGCUGGAUAUGGCUGAUGACAGGCUCAUGGGCAUUUUCACCGCUGUUGGCUCCGGAACUUUGGCCCUGUUCUUCAUCCUCUUGCUUGCUGCGGUUGCUUCUCUUAUCGCCUCCAACAAAAGGGCGACUCAAGGAACCUACAGCCCCAGCGGUCAGGAGAAGGCUGGCCCUCGAGUGGAAAUGUGGAGUAGGGUGCCGCCCCCAGCACUGGAAAGGCUCAUCUAGGAGCCCCCUGCUCCUCUCAGAACAGGGAAGAAUAGAUGAGGUCGUGUCCGAGUGAAGAUGGUUUUACAUCACUAGAGAUACUUACAUCUGGAACUGUGGAAGGAUUUUCAUAGACACCUCAUAGACCUUCAUGGGGGUUCACUUUACAUCACUGUUUAGUUAUGUCAUCCAUCCACAGAAGAGCAUCCCUGGGUCAUGCCUAUCAGCCUCAGAAUUAGCAAAACAUCUUCCAGACAGAACACACUAUUUUAGAAAAAAACUCCAGAGGCUUCCCCUUAAGCCCUUUACUGGGUAAUCCACAUAAAAUGCUUAGUUGCCAAGUUCCAUUAUUUAUGUAGAACCAAGCAGAAAAAUUAGAAUACAACUUUCGCUUUUUAUUUUAUAGAGAAGGCUUUAUGUUUUGUUUUGGUUUGUUGUUGUUUGUUUUUUGAGAGUGACUCAUUCUAUAGACCAAGCUGUCCUCAAAAUCAUAUGGACCCUCAAGAUUAUAUGUGUCCGACCAUGUUCACCUUACUUAUGAAUCUUCUGUCAUAUGGUAAAAGAUUCCAAUGGGACCUGAGGAGAUGACUAGCCAGGUAAAGCAAGGGCUGUGUAAGUGUCAGAACUGGAGUUUGUGUCCUCAUUAUCCACAUAAGUGUGAGGUAAGUGUGGCCCCUGCCUGUCAUCCUAGGGCCUUAGGAGAUAAUCAGGGCUCAGUGGAGCAAGCCUGUUAAACUGUUAGGGCAGGUAAGUUCUGGCUUCAGGUGAGAGACUCAGUAAGAAAGGCAAUUAGUGAAUCAAGAUGACCCUAUAUAUCAACCUCUUGCCUAUACAUGCAUAUACACACAUUUACAUGUGUGCCCAAACAUGAAGACAUACACACACACACACACACACACACACACACAUAUACACGGUGUAAUUGUGUGUAGCCAUGAGAGUACACUUUCCUCCCUCAAUUGUGGAUUUAGAGAAAGGUGUGAGAAGAAUGUAUAUUUUAAAACAUGACCCAACCAUAACAAAUAAAAUUGAUAUAGAGCUGUUCUCCUGUCCAAGCUUGCCUUUAAGGUUGUUCACUCUGUAAGUUGAUUGCUUGCUUGGUUGGUUGGUGGAUGGCUUCUGUUUGUUGUCUUUUGUAAAUUUGCUCCCAGUCAGGACAUUCCCUAGACAGAACUUCCUAGUAAGAAAAUUGUUUGUCAAUUUUUCAGGGACUUUUGAUAAUGCCCAACAGAGAUGGCAUCUAAAGAGGACCCCCACAUUGACAUGGGCAUUUUUGCAUCUCCAAGGAGAAAAUAUUGUACCUUCUGUUUGUACAUUGUCUAUUCUGUGAUGGUUAUGUCUUACAUAUGUUUUGAAAUGCAUGUAACACAGUUAUAGUAUGAAAUAAAAUGGAAAUACAUAUGUAUAUAUACGUAUAUAUAUGACACAAGCUAAAAAAAUGAGUGACAUAAACUUUAAAUCUAAAAGAAGGAAUCCAUCCUUCCCAACAUCUAUCAGUACAGACAAUCACGGAGCUUUUUGUUUUGUUUUGUUUUGUAUUGUAUUAGCAGUUUUUCCACAAUACAGAAGUCCU